GGAAGUGCCGGCGGAGGGAGAGGAAGGGGCGGGGUCAGGGCCGGUGGUUCCCGUGCUCCUCCAUCCUCCGCCGCACACCCCGCCCCUUCCCGGCCCGGCAAUGUCCGCCAACAAUAUGUCGGACCCCCGGAGGCCCAACAAGGUGCUCAGGUACAAGCCCCCUGCCACGGAGAACAACCCCGCGCUGGAGGAUCCCACUCCGGACUACAUGAACCUGCUGGGAAUGAUCUUCAGCAUGUGCGGCCUCAUGCUCAAGCUGAAGUGGUGUGCUUGGAUUGCGGUCUACUGUUCCUUCAUUAGCUUCGCCAACUCUCGGAGCUCUGAAGAUACCAAGCAGAUGAUGAGCAGCUUCAUGCUCUCCAUUUCUGCGGUGGUGAUGUCCUACCUCCAGAACCCCCAGCCUAUGACACCCCCGUGGUAGACACGUGGAUCUCCGGACCUCAGGCUUUUACUUUGGUCCCUGGGCCAAAAAAAGAAAAAAAAAGAGAAUGCCAGAAACUGGUUCUUUCGUCACUUCCGUGUUCACCUCCCAGCCUCUGCUCCAAGUCUAGAGCUUCGGACCGUGAGCCCACGUCGGAGGUUCCCACCCUGCCGCUGAAGGAUCGCCCCCUCUUGGGCUCUGGCCUGUCAGCGUCCCCGGCUCCGAUUUCCUCUCCAGCCGCCGCCGCAGGCACCUCGGGAGAAAGAGGACUCUGCGCCUGCCUGGCCCCGAGCUCGGGGGUCUGCGCUCCCUCUUGGGCCCGGGCUCUUUCCCGGAGGCGGAGGCGGAGGCUGGGCGGGGGCGGAGGCUGUUUGCGUCCCUCCAGCACUUGUAACUACUUGUAGCAAUCAAUACAUUUGGAUGUGUAAAAGUU